UAAAGAAGAUGAGUUAGAACAAACACACAGUUCAAUCUGCAGCUAAACGUCAGUUUUUGGUUUUAAAUGUGAAUUUCUUUUCUUAUCUUUGAGUUUUACAUGCAGCAGUUUUACAUAAUGACUUUGCAUGCUGGCUGUAAAAUGUUUGUUUGUGUCAGCGACUUCACUGGAAACUUUUUUUAAAGGGUCACGUAUUUAAAGUGUCUCUGAGCUGCCGUCGAAUCCUCCCGGCUCAGCACGUUGUGUAACAUCCUGUUUUCCCUCCUCCAGUGCCCGAGGUGCAUGCAGUGCGACACCAAGUUCGACUUCAUCAGGAGGAAGCAUCACUGUCGGCGGUGCGGGCGGUGUUUCUGUGAUAAGUGCUGCAGUAAGAAGGUGGUGCUGCCCCGCAUGUGCUUCGUGGACCCGGUGCGGCAGUGCGCCGAGUGCAGCCUGGUCUCCCAGAAAGAGACGGAGUUCUACGACAAGCAGCUCAAAGUGCUGCUGGGAGGCGGCACCUUCGUCGUCACUUGGGAAGAGUCGGACAAGUCUGAAACGAUGACGUGUCGCCUCUCCAACAACCACAGGUAUCUGUUCCUCGACGGAGAAAGUCACUUUGAGGUGGAGUUGUCUCGAAUCUCCAGCAUGCAGAUCCUGACGGACGGGUCGAGUCCCGGAGAGAAUGACAUUCACACUUACACCAGUCUGCUGGACAGUCACUGUCUCUCUGAAGGAGGGAUGUCCCGGGCCAGCGGCAUGCUGCUCCACUACAAGCCGAUGGGCUCGCAGGACCCUCAGCAGCUCCGCGUGGAGGUGGCGGACGACAAGAAGGUGGCCUCGCUGUGGCUGGCUGCGAUGCACAAGGCGGCCAAACUUCUGUACGAAGCUCGGGACCAGUGACGUGCAGGCUCGGCCCGUCACACUGAACCUCCAGGCAGCACACACCCAAGUGUUUCUCUCAGCGGAGGGUUUGGAUUUUCUUAACACCGGUUCUGAUUCUGCUUCUCCGCCUCGGUUCUCGAUGAAACAAACUCUUUUAUUACCUCUUAUAACCAGAACUUUGUACGUCAUGUUUACCACACGUAGGCUGAUUGUUCUUCUUCCUAUUUUUUUACAUUUUUGCAUCUCAGAGUUCUUCGAUUCUCUCGGAUUUAAAAACCCGAAUCAGGGCUGGCGCAGCGUUUAACGUUCCCACGGCAAGACGACGGGAGAACUUUGAGCUCCCCGAUCAGCCACGUAACACGUUUGUAUUUUUACACACAGGUUAGACUUUGAGCUCCAUGAGACGGAACAUAAAACAGGUUUUAUACGCAAUGAUGAGACACUUUAUGGAUCGCGCCAAGUAGGGAUUGAAAGAGAGUCUGGAGAUGAAGCCGGUUAAAGGACAAAUCCACCUUUUUAAAGCCUUUAACAGACAGAAAGCAGCUGCGUGGGAUGUACUUUGCAUUUCAGGGCUCAUUUUUAGGUUUUACAAGCACAUUAAAAACAGCUCGGUGCGAUGAAGAGGUUGAACCCCAUAGAGGAGCAGCGUGCACCACAGAAAUGCAAAGAACAUCACACCUGUUCUCAGUUUGAACGAGAUGAACGUCUUUCUGCUGCGAGUAUUUACAGAUUUCCAUCUCCAGGCGUCUGAGGAGAUUCAAACUAUUCACUGACUCUAGUGAACCGUUAACACACACACACACACACACACACAUAAAGAAAUGCUUUAAAUGUAGUUUCACGUAUUGAAGUUUUGUAUGAGAUAUUUUGUUAACUCUUCCUACUUUAACACGAGGCGUGUGCGUACGUUGUAAACUUCCUUUUAUCCUCUAAAGACGAGUCGGCGUCUCCUUUUUUAUUUUUUAUCAUCGAUGUUGAACUCACCUCCGUCCUUCAUCAGACCAGUGUUGUUCAGUUCUUGUUGAGUAGUUCGCCGUGCUUCCAUGGACCUAAACAAGACGUUUGUGUCGAGCGACUGACGUCAGAGAGAUUCAGUUUGUGCCCCUCGUGUACGAUCAGCUCACAGAGCUUUAAAACUACAACGCUUUGUUUUAAUUCUCAGUGGCAGCAAUAUUUUAAAGUGAGAGUAAAACUUUAAAGGUUGUCUAACAACACGUACUAAGAAACAUUUUGUCCGCUGCACCUCAUGAAGGUUUCUAACCUCCGUCAGUCUAAACAUCUUUUUAUUCCUGGAAACACGAGAGGCUCAAACUGUCACAAACUCUCGUGUUUCAGUCGCUCACACCGUGUCGACUUUUCCUUCGCCGUUGUAUCUUAAACACAUUUAUUAUUUAGCCGAAGCAUGAAGCGUGUUCGUGUGCGCGUGGUGUUACGAUUGUGAGAAGUGUAAACUAAGUGUUGUGCCACAAACAAUCUUAACUCGGCCUCCUCUCACGGCAUCUUCUGGAACCUUUGGGAACUCGGUGAAAGAAGCCGGUCGGUCCACCGAGAUGAGACUUUAAACACUUUAAUCACGUGACCUUAAAUCUGUCCAAACACAUCGAUGCUAACACUAUGUGCUGUAUAUUAUAUAUGUAUUAUGUAUCAUUGGCUUCUCAGUAGUUUAACUUGCUGUCGUCCGCACGUCUUCCCCAGUUUUCUAGACUCAAAGAAACACAGAGCUGGUCGAUCACCGCCUCCUCCUCGUGACAUGAAUUUAUUUUUCUAAGCUGCUCAACAUUAAAUCACAAGUUUGUCGUUUAGUUCGAGUCUUUCAGGGCAGACGGAGGAAGAUGGUGAGACGUCCUGAUGUCCAUGUGCGUUCAGUGUUCUUCCAUUGUAGAUGUUUGUUAUGAAGACGGCUGCACAAAAAUACACAAACUUACAUUUAAUGUCUUCAGUUAUUCUGUUGGACUCACUGUGCAGCCCUGUCACUCGUCACCCUGACUCAGUGUUUGUACCUGCACUUUAUCCAUUUUUAAUCCCUCGCUUCAUUUAUUCAUUUAUUAUGCUGAAAAUGCUACAAUACGCCUCUGUUGGAUUAUUCUGUUGAAUAAAAUCAAAUGUUUAUACA